AUGGAGGACACCCUGAAGCGAGCUCUGGGCACCGCGGUGCUGCGGCCGACAGGGCACUCGGGCAGCGGCUGCAUCAGCCAGGGCCGGUGCUACGACGCGGACCGCGGCUGGGUGUUCGUGAAGAGCAGCUGCGAGGGAGAGGCCAGAAGAAUGUUUCUGGGAGAAAUGGCAAGUUUGGAAGCCAUCCUGAAAACACAGACAGUAAGAGUGCCUAAACCCAUCAAGGCAGUAGAACUGCCUGGGGACAAUACUGUGCUGGUGAUGGAACAUUUGGAAAUGAAGAGCUUAAACAGGUAAAACAGUUAUUUUUGCCUCCUUUGACAAAGAACUUUUGGCUAUUAUUUUGGUAAUUAAAUCACUUGUUUUCAUGGGAGGAUUAGUUUAAAUUUUUUAUAACGUAUGUCAAGGGACAUAUGAGAAGAUUAUAUAACAGAGAACUGUAUGAAAUACUUUUUAAUGCUUCACCUAGCAAACUGAUAAUACAUCAAGAAGUGACUCUGGGCUGUUUGUUUAGAUAAUUAGUAGUUUUUACAGUAAGGUUCCUUUUUAUGGUAAAGAAAAUUACCAACCUGAUUGCUUGUUUUGUGUACUUGCCUUUGAUGUAAGAACCAGUGCUGUAAUGUUUGCCAUGAGUAUGCAGAGGCACUUUCCCAAAUGAAUUACUCUUGAUUUCAAUAUUUUUGCAACUCUUAAACUUAAUUUUGAUAGUCUCUGACUUUUGAUCCUUCUCUGUGACUAGCACUUCAUACGAUGAAUCCCAUCAGAUUCCACUGAGAAGGUGAUCAUGACCAAUUUCUUAUCUCAUUUUCAUAACUUCUAUAGCCAGUUUUAACUUUUAUCUCUCACCCUGAUCAUUGCCAUGGUUUGAUUAAUGAAGAGCUCUCAGUGAGUCCCAAGAGGAAGGGCAGAGAUCUUGUUGGUUUGGAUUUCAAAUGGUACCUUUGGGAUGCAAAUUCUGGGGGAUACAAUCCUUUUCUUGACAAUCUCUGUUAACAGGAACAAAAUGAAGAACUAAAUUUGCUUUAACUGACAGUGCCUUUAGAAUAGAGAAAGUUCAGACAGGUCAAGAAAAGGAAAAGGAACAUAAUUUUGUUAACACGGGGGGCAACUGGCUGGAAGGGUUGUUUGCAAUUACUACAAGGCUUUUCUGAACUUCGUAGGGGCUCAGCUUUUAUUGAAAAUAAAUUAGGCCCUCUUGACACCAUCUUUGAAGCCUUUUAGAGAAGAGCAGCCAGAGACAGUAUAGAAGGAAGAGGAUCAGCCUUGUUUGGUUCUAUUUUCCAAAGACAGUUUGCCAGAGGAAAUUUUAAAAAAGCAUAUGUUCCACAUUAUGUGCAUGCUUUCUUACACAUACCUUACUGCAAAUGCUUAGGGAAGUGAUAUUAUACAGGAAUUAGAAUUGAGAGUUUAAUAUUGU